CCUGCAUAUUCUGGAGGUUGGGGACAUCAUUCGGAGUAGCAUUAGGUUCCGGUCAAAAUGGCGUCGGUAGGCGUUCUCCGCCUUGGCAGGUUCAUGAAUUUCGUCUCCAGACCCAGUUCACUCCUUGCUAAUCAAUCACGGUGUCUCCAUCAGACCACAGGGACAGAAAAUGCAAGCAGCUCACCAGUAGCAAAAGAAUCGAAAGCUGCAAUGCCCAGCAAGAAGUUCUCACUUCCCAGCAACAAAGGGGAGUUUGUCGUCACAAAACUGGACGAGCUAUUAAAUUGGGCCCGGAGAAGUUCUUUGUGGCCCAUGACCUUUGGGCUGGCCUGCUGUGCUGUUGAAAUGAUGCACAUGGCAGCACCCAGGUAUGACAUGGACAGGUUCGGCAUUGUCUUCCGUGCCAGUCCCCGGCAGUCGGAUGUUAUGAUAGUGGCUGGUACCCUCACAAACAAAAUGGCUCCAGCCCUUCGAAAGGUUUACGAUCAGAUGCCAGAACCUCGCUAUGUCGUCUCCAUGGGCAGCUGUGCAAAUGGUGGCGGUUAUUACCAUUACUCCUAUGCUGUGGUGAGAGGCUGUGACAGAAUUGUGCCUGUGGAUAUUUAUGUUCCAGGUUGUCCACCUACAGCAGAAGCACUUCUAUAUGGACUGCUACAGCUCCAGAAAAAAAUAAAAAGAGAACGAAGGAUAAGGAUUUGGUAUCGGAAAUAAAUAAAUAGUACAACUGCAAGUAGUAUUUAUGAGGUUCGUGGAUAAUGAUCUGACGCUGUGGGGGAGAAUGAUAUUCUUUAUCAAUGUCCUAUAAAACUUUGUUCUAAAAUUGAA